AGCAGCCGCAUUUGCCCUAAUUACCAAACACUUCAUUCAUCUUGAAUUGAGGAAAGAAGAAAGCAAAACAGUGCCAUGGAUGGUGACGGCGAGCCGCCGUCCUCUUCCUCCGCCGGCGAACAUGGAAAUCUUCCCCCCUCGACUCCCGAUUCGCCAACCUCUGCUGGUUUCAACACCGAUCAACUUCCACCCAAUACCAGCCGCACUUCUGAAAACUACUCCGAUGAGGACGACGACGAGGCUGCUGUUGAUCCCCGCAUUAUCCAAGAUGAUGAGCCCCAAGACGGACCUGACCAUGAGGAGGAGGAAGGAGAGGACCUUUUCAACGACAACUACAUGGACGAUUACCGGAGGAUGGAUGAGCACGAUCAGUAUGAAUCAGUGGGGCUUGACGACUCCCUCGAAGACGAGAGGGAUUUGGAUCAGAUCAUGGCUGAUCGAAGGGCCGCCGAGAUUGAACUCGACACCAGGGAUGGUCGAACGUCUCAGCGCAAGCUUCCCCAGCUUCUCCACGACCAAGAUACAGAUGAUGAUAGUUAUAGGCCUUCAAAAAGGUCUAGAGCUAAUUUUAGGCCUCCCAGAAGUUUUGACGAUACUGAUGCAAUGCAAAGUUCCCCAGGAAGAUCACAGCGGGAACAUUCGAGAGAGGAUGUGCCCAUGACUGAUCAGACUGAUUAUGAACCAUAUGAGGAUGAAAACGAAGAUGAAGGUGAAUUUGAGAUGUAUAGAGUCCAGGGAACACUCAGGGAGUGGGUUACUAGGGAUGAAGUGCGUCGCUUCAUUGCCAAGAAAUUUAAGGAGUUCUUGCUAACAUAUCACAAGUCAAAUAAUGAUGAAGAUAUUGUCUACGUGCGACAGAUAAAUGAGAUGGUGUUAGCUAAUAAGUGCAGUUUGGAGAUUGAUUACAAACAAUUCAUUUAUGUCCAUCCCAAUAUCGCGAUCUGGCUAGCUGAUGCCCCUCAGUCUGUCCUUGAAGUUAUGGAAGAAGUUGCUAAAAAUGUUGUAUUUGAUUUACACCCAAAGUAUAAACAAAUCCAUCAAAAGAUCUAUGUUCGCAUCACGAAUUUACCAGUUUAUGAUCAGAUACGCAAUAUAAGGCAGAUCCACUUGAACACCAUGAUUCGUAUAGGGGGAGUAGUUACUCGACGUUCUGGAGUGUUCCCCCAGUUGCAGCAGGUGAAGUAUGAUUGCAACAAAUGUGGCAUGAUUCUUGGUCCAUUUUUCCAGAACUCAUAUUCUGAGGUCAAGGUUGGUUCUUGCCCUGAAUGCCAAUCAAAAGGACCAUUUACUGUCAAUAUUGAGCAGACAGUAUACAGGAACUAUCAGAAACUCACUCUCCAAGAGAGCCCAGGAAUUGUGCCCCCAGGACGACUUCCUAGAUACAAGGAGGUCAUACUGUUGAAUGAUCUAAUUGACUGUGCUCGACCUGGGGAAGAGAUUGAGGUGACUGGCAUUUACACAAACAACUUUGACUUGUCUUUGAAUACAAAAAAUGGAUUCCCUGUUUUUGCCACAGUGGUUGAGGCAAAUUAUGUCACGAAGAAGCAAGACUGCUUUUCUGCUUACAAACUUACAGAGGAGGACAAAGAAGAAAUUGAAAAAUUGGCUAAGGAUCCAAAUAUUGGUGAAAAGAUUAUCAAGUCCAUUGCCCCCUCAAUCUAUGGUCACGAGGACAUAAAAACUGCAAUUGCUCUUGCAAUGUUUGGAGGUCAAGAGAAAAAUGUUGAAGGGAAACAUCGGUUGCGAGGGGACAUAAAUGUACUCCUGCUAGGUGAUCCAGGAACUGCUAAGUCUCAGUUUCUAAAGUAUGUUGAAAAGACUGGCAAUAGAGCUGUUUAUACAACUGGGAAAGGAGCUUCUGCAGUUGGGCUGACAGCAGCAGUGCACAAGGACCCAGUCACACGGGAGUGGACACUUGAAGGAGGGGCCCUUGUACUUGCUGAUAAAGGUAUCUGCCUCAUCGAUGAGUUUGACAAGAUGAAUGAUCAGGACAGGGUAAGCAUCCAUGAAGCAAUGGAGCAGCAGAGUAUUAGCAUAUCAAAAGCAGGGAUUGUUACUUCUCUCCAGGCUAGGUGCUCUGUCAUUGCUGCUGCAAAUCCUAUUGGUGGAAGAUAUGAUUCCUCAAAGACAUUUUCCCAAAAUGUUGAAUUGACAGAUCCAAUCGUUUCACGUUUUGAUAUCCUUUGUGUUGUUAAGGAUGCAGUUGAUCCAGUCAAGGAUGAGAUGCUUGCAAAGUUUGUGGUUGAUAGUCAUUUCAAGUCUCAACCCAAAGGUGGUUACAUAGAUGAUAAGUCCAUCGGCUGUUCCCAGGACGAAAUGGAUGAAGUCACCAACAUACCGACUGACACUGAGAUACUCCCUCAAGACUUGCUGAAGAAGUACAUAACCUAUGCCAAGUUAAACGUCUUUCCAAGGUUGCAUGAUGCGGACCUGGAAAAGCUAACACUAGUUUAUCCUGAACUACGAAGCAAAUCCUUGGGGCAAGGAGUUCCCAUAGCAGUGAGGCAUAUAGAAUCAGUGAUUCGGAUGUCUGAAUCACAUGCAAGAAUGCACCUCAGACAGCAUGUUACUCAAGUGGAUGUGGACAUGGCAAUACGAGUCCUGCUUGACUCAUUUAUCUCCACACAGAAAUUUGGGGUUCAGAAAGCUUUGCAAAAGAGCUUCAGGAAGUAUAUGACUUUCAAGAAGGAUUUCAAUGAAUUAAUCCUCCACCUCCUGAGAGGCCUUGUGAGGGACGCCCUGCAUUUCGAAGAAAUUGUUUCUGGCUCUACGUCAGAUCUUACCCACAUUGAUGUGAAAGUGGAGGAAUUGCAAAGCAAGGCACUGGAUUAUGAUAUUGCGGACUUAAAACCGUUCUUCUCCAGUAACCUGUUCAACAAAGCCAACUUUGAGUUGGAUAAAGAGAGAGGAGUGAUAAGGCAUCGGAUAAUAGGGUAAAUGGUUUCAUUCUGUAUUGAAGCGAGAAGAAGCUUGUGACUGACUGACUGACUGACAUUUCAUCAAAAAGCAGUGAGACGUUAUUAUUCCUCCUUUCCUGGGAUUUGUGAUCAAAAGUCAAGUUUCGUCUCGUGUCUUUAUUGGGGGGGGGGGGGGG